AUGGCGACACGGUCAGCAGGUAGGGGAAAACGUAACCGGGCGCACGACGGGUCUAAACCCAGCUCACGGUGCCCUAGGGGGGGGGGAACAAGCCAACACGGGGGAAGGCUGGCGGCACAAGGAGAGGAAGAGCCGACAGCGAAGGAUGCAAAAAGCAACGGCGCGAGGAACGCUGGGCGGCCACAAGCCAGGAGCCCGGGGGGAACGGGCGGACACCGCGAGCGGCGAAGGCCGAAGGGCGAAAGGAGCGGGAGGCCACGCGGGCACGGGGCGGAGGCGGACGGGAAAGCAGAAGCAAACGAGCGGGACCCGGCGGGGCCACACGAGAGGGCGGGCGCGGGGAGCGCAGCGGAGGACACCGGCGGGAGCGGAACAGAGGGGCCGCCCCAGCCAAACGCCCCACCGGACAAGGCGGCCGCCCGGAGCGGCCCGCAAGCGAGCCGGGGGCCAAAAAGAGGGGCAAGGCCCCGCCGCCGAGGCACGGAAGAAGGAAAAGAACGGGAAAAGGAGGGGGAGGCACGGGCGCCGGGCGGCGCCCACGGAGCCGACACCGCGCAAGGCAGGCACAAAGGCGGACGAGAG